AUCGAGGCGCUCUUUACUGUUGUUUGGUAUUGUCUCUCAGGAUGCAAAAGUUAACAGUGGAAUAACAACCAAAGCUUUUGUGAAUGUUUUGGUGCGGAUAGAAUUCAACCAAACGCUGCAUAGACGACGCGUCCCUAAGACGGAAGACUGUUGGACUUGCUGAGAGAAAGCGGCCGUGUUCCAGAACACGAAGAAGUGUUCACAACAUAAGCUAGCAAACGAGCUAGCAGCGUUUAGCGAAUUGUGUUGUCUGUUGUUCGACCCAAGUGUGCAUCCACCCGCUGUAACAGAGCUGGGCUAUUUCAAGGAUUAUCAUUUUUGGACAUUUCCUUUAUAAGCUUUCGCUUACGAACUGAUAACAGCUGCAGUGUCGCUCCAGCAACAGUAAACCGCAAGGCCUGUUGUGUGGACUACUAAAAUGCCUUUUAUCAUCUCUGUCUCUGUGUGUUUGAUCACAAAAGUGCAGCUCUUUGGAUUUUGAGGUAAUCGGUGUCUCGCAUGGAACGUGAGAGUUAAAUUAAACUACAGUCUGCGGUUAAACGCCGCGCAAGGUUUUAUUUUCACAGUUCAGAUGGAUAAUCUAUGCAGCAACAAUCACACCAAAUAACGUUUUGACAUGUUAACGGGCAUAAAACUCAAACCGGCAUCCCUGCUUGUGAGUCAUGUCCUCUUACACUCUUUGUUUGUGGCGUUGGGUGAAGCCUGGUUGAUUGUAUUCUCACAGUUAUUCUGCAUUGGAAGUCUGGGUUUCGUGAACGAGCAUCAGGCUCCCUCUCUAUACUGCAGCUGAUCGUCUCGCUCCUCUCGCUCUGUUAUAAACGCAAAUCGCUGAAAUGAAUCCGGUAAAUGCCACCUCGCUGUACGUGUCUGCGUGUCGCUCUCUCAUGCAGUGCGACCCCGAAGACCCGGAGACAUACGGAGGAUUGUUUAACGUUCUGAAUUUCUUUAGAGACUCUCUCUCCUGCCUGGCGUGUGGGAAUUUGCUUCAGGAUCCAAUUGCUCCUAAAAACUCAUCUUGCCAGCACUACGUUUGCAUGGGCUGCAAAGGUGAAAAGAUGAUGUUGAAGCCGUCGUGCAGCUGGUGUAAAGACUGGGAGGAGUUUGAGGAGAAUAAACAGCUUCAGAUUCUGGUUGACUGCUAUAGGAAUCUCUGCGAUUAUGUGUCGGUGUGCAUGAAUACUCAGCAAAGCGCCUUGGGGGUCGAAGGUUAUCCCGAGGUGAAGAAAAUGUUGGAAGAAGUGUUAGGGACGGUGAAGGAAGAACAGGAACAGUUUAGCAUUUCGGACGCGCACAGUCAAACAGACAAUUUGGACGCUCCUCACAUUAAAACCGAGGUGGAGUCCUCGAAUAAUUCUAUUGAUGUGAACCCGUCUGGCUCGGAUGAUACUGUUGACGCAACCGAGCUGGAUACACCCAAGCCAGUCACUGUGAGGGAACCUUUAAAUUCGAAAGAAUUAAACACAGACGCUGUUACUGUUGAUGUUUUAAACAGCAUCGUCAGUCAGGCGAGCGGCGCUAAGCUAGACACAUGUUCAAUGGAGACCUCUGAAACUGAUUUUGAGAACAAAGACUGCUCCGCUGCUCAACAGCACAAGACUGAAACACCAGCGGAGCAAAGUCCGCAAUCGUCGUUGACCACAGGUUCAUCAGACCACCCACAGCAGCCUCAGACGGGUAUGACGUGUCUUGCCGCGUCCCACCGGAAAGUCAGACUGAGCCGAAAGCGUUCUCGCUCUGAGAGUGACAGCGAGAUGAUCCAGCCUCUCCCCAUUGCUAGUUUCAUCCAGGGGCCCUCGGUUGCGGCCACAGCACCGGCGAAGUCAGCGUGUGAACCUAAACCUCCCUCUCAACCCGCUGUGGUGGUCUCCAAUGGAGGUGUCCUGAAAGUCAACAAGGCCAUGUUGGAUUUAACUAAAAACAUACAGGUAAACGCAGAUUCGGGUAAUAAGAAGGUUCAGUCGAAGAGUAAAGUCGCCGUCCCUAAAUCGAAGGGCAAGGCGAAGGACAGGGUGCUCCCUGCUAGUAUAUUACCAGGACAGCCCACCAAAGUUGCAUACAAAAAGACGCAAGAGAAGAAGGGUUGCAAAUGUGGCAGAGCAACUCAGAAUCCAAGUGUUCUUACCUGUAGAGGUCAAAGAUGCCCCUGCUACUCCAACCGGAAGGCCUGUUUGGACUGCAUCUGCAGGGGCUGUCAAAACUCAUACAUGGCCAACGGGGAGAAGAAACUGGAGGCGUUCGCCGUGCCGGAGAAAGCUCUGGAGCAGACGAGGCUCACGCUGGGCAUCAACCUUACAAGCAUUUCGGUGCGAAAUGCUGGGUCCAACGCUGGAGUCCUCAGCCUCUCCGCAGGCUCGCCUAUGGCCUCGUUCCUCACUUCCAGUGCCGAUGAGGACCAGAAUUUUGAAGAUGCUCUCGAGAUGCAUUUUGACUGUUGAUAAGCUGUCUUGCUACUGAUUUCUCUCUCUCGUGGGAGGGUUGGACUUGAAAGCAGCCAUGUUUGAUUCCCAGGCUAGUCUGACAGAAAUUGUUUACCAAAACUCUUAACUUUCAUGACUUCUACCAUCACAUACACUGCUGUAAUGAAACGUUACUGUGAAGCUAAGUGUUGUGGCAUUUUUAUUUGGUGGUUUUAUUUUGAAGGAACUACACGCUUCACUGCAUUAUUUUUUACAAAUCAUCAUAUUGACAAAUGGUAAUGUUCAUUGACCCUAACCUUGAGAAAUGUUUCUGUUUCCCAUGAUUCAGUCAUUGCCGGAUAACAGAGUUUGUUUACAUGUUACUUGCUGACAUUUUGUCAUGGUGAUUCAAGGUUAUUUUUAAAUACAUAAAGGGUGAAAUUAUACACUUAUGUACAUUAUCUACAGCCUCACAAUUUUAAACCUUACUUUUGGUGAAAAAUGUAGCACUUAGUCCCAAUAGUGUCAACAGGUUUAGAGACAUGUAGACUUGUACUGGUUGCCAUUGUGAUCACUUCCUGUGUCAUUGUCUUCGUGUCUCCUCUCCACAACUGUUAGGUCUGGUUCCGUGCAUUCCAGUCAGGAUACAUAUAUAUAUAUUUUGUUAAAGAGAUUAUUAAUUUUCUUUAUGGAAACAGUCGAUACAGCCCUGCCUUUGGUAGCGCUGUCACUUUUUCAAUGUCAAAUCAAUGUUUAAAAGAAUGUUCAAUGUUGCCCAGAUGAUUGUGUUCGACUCGACAUGGCUCGAGCAGGUGGUUUUGGUUUUUGUAGGAUGAUGAAGCACAAAUGUGUCAAAAUGUCUGAACCCAAUGCAUUUCUCAACCCUUAAAAUAAUAGUAUUUUUACAUUUACUAGUGUGUCUAGCCAGCUGAUUCAUUUCAUCUCCAAUAAUUUUGACAAAGCUCGAUUAUACCGACGUCUUGCAGUACAAUAUCUACAAAGAUUUCUAGAAAAAAAGUGAAUGUAAGUGUGUUCAGUGUUGCCUGCGAAUGUACUCAUGGCAGUGAUGUUAUUUAAGCAAUAUAAUAAUCAGAUUUGUAGAUGAUAAACAACCCAUUACUCAACAUUUGUUUUUGCAAAACUGUAAGCAAGUAUUUCAAUAUUCAUAUUGCCUGAGCACCUUUUAGCACCCAUUGCCUCAGACUCUACUUAGUCGUGUCGUGUUGCGGUUGUGUUGUGAUACCUGUUCUAGGGACCAAAACUAAAAAUACAUGUUGAGUAAGGUCAAAGAACAUCUUUACUGUUCCACUGCACUGUUUCAUGUCUUAUAUAAUGAAAUAGAUUAGGCAGUGCUUCAUCAGUAUCUUUAAAUAUGCUUGAAAACACUAUCAGUAGGGCUUUGACCAAAUAUUAAAACUCUUCUUAGUUAAGUCUUGGAUCUUAUAGUGGGGUAUAGUGUUGUAUUUUCUAAUCCUAUAGUUUGGUAGCGUUGUUUUAUUUGUUCCUUUUGCUCUUCAGUGGUCAUUACUUGAACUCAGAUUUUAGCUUCUUGAUUUUGGAGAACUUCGAAGAUUAUUGCCGGUUUGUUCACUGCCACAUUUAUGAAAAUUGCAGAAUGCAACAAAAAUAAAUUAUAGUUUUUUAUUUCUUGUUUUUCAAAAA